GCUCGCUGUUGUCAUCAGUCUGUGAAAAAGUGUCUCCGAGCUUGAAUCGUGUUAUUCGUUGAAAUAUCACAUUCGUGAAAUAUCAUUUGAAAGUGUAAAAAGUUAUACAUAAUAUACUAAAUAAAUAUCAAAAUGCGUUUGGGAGCAGUUGUGCCGAACUUCAAAGCUGAGACCACCCAGGGUCCAAUUAGCUUUUAUGAUUGGCAGGGAAACUCUUGGGUCGUUCUAUUCUCGCACCCCUCGGACUUCACACCCGUCUGCACCACCGAGUUAGGACGCAUCGCCGUGCACCAGCCAGAGUUCGCAAAGCGUAAUGCCAAGUGUUUGGCACACUCCGUGGAUGAUCUGAAAUCGCACGUUGACUGGGUGAACGAUAUUAAGUCCUAUUGUCUGGAUAUUCCCGGAGAAUUCCCCUAUCCCAUCAUUGCCGAUCCUCAUCGUGAUUUGGCUGUACUCUUCGGCAUGUUGGACGAGGAACAGAAACGUGAUCCGGAGAUCGGCAAAACCAUUCGUGCACUCUACAUCAUCAGUCCUGAUCACAAAGUGCGUGUGUCGAUGUUCUACCCCAUGUCUAUGGGCCGUAAUGUUGAUGAGAUUCUGCGUUGCUUGGACUCGUUGCAAUUAACCGACAAGCUGAAGGUUGUGGCCACACCCGCCAACUGGACGCCCGGCACCAAAGUCAUGAUCCUACCACAUGUGACUGAUGCGGAAGCAGACAAACUGUUCCCCAAGGGAUUCGACAAAGUGUCAAUGCCGUCCGGUGUCAACUAUGUCAGAACAACUGAGAAUUACUAAAUUUUAGUCACCAAAAAUAAAAACAAAAACCAAAAAAAUUAAAAAAAAAAAAAAAUUUACAAUUUGACUCCAUAGGAGUUGAGUUGGUGCCCCUUUAUUAUAUUCUGUGCUGAUCAUUUUAGAAAUGAUUUUGUGCUUGAUCUUUAAAUUAUUGUUACUGUUAAGUAGAAAACAAAUAAUAAAUUUUGAGUACAAUUCAA